AUGUUAAAAGUCAGUUUAUUAGAAAUUAUUGUCAGGGAAGAAGAAAUCCUUGCUUAUAUUUUGAAAGAAGAUCAUGAUGAUGAUGAUACUUGUAAAGAAAAAUUUAAAGAAUAUUGUGAAGAAUUGAGAGAUAUAGAUUCAGAAUUAAAUGAAGUUUAUAGCAAAGUUAAAGAAAUUUCUGGUAAUAUAGAACAAAAAUGCAAAAACCCAGAACUGAAGAUUCAUGGAAAAGUGGACGAUCUUUGUAAUUAUAUAUAUCUAUUUAUGAAUACUAGUAUCACUUGUAAAGAUUGUAAUGAACACAUACAAAAAUGUUUGUUUUUAGAAUUUACAAAAAUUCAUGGUAUUCAGACUACUUCAAUUACUUUAAAAAAUUAUAUUAUCUAUACGAGCAAGAAAAAAAGAGAAACAAAGUUAUUCUUAGAGCUAUUGGCACUGGAAUGUCAAAGAAUAGUAUUAGAAAAGUGUGCUACACUUGAAAAUAAUAAUAUUGAGAUUUUUUUCAGAUGUCUUCUGCCAAAGGAGAUAUGUCUUAGACUUGAAAAAAAUAUUUUGACUCAAUUAAAAGAUCUAGAACAAGUUUUGAAUGCGGUACAGGAUUAUCCUAAAGAAAAGGACUGUGUUGAAUUGAAAGAGAAUUGUGAAGGUAUUUUGAAAGAUUUAGGAUUAAAUAAUGAGAAAUGCGUUACAUUGAAAGAGCGCUAUGAAUAUUUUAAAGUUACAAAAGAACUGAAACAUGUGUUUUUGAAAGAAGAAAGUGAUAUAUUAGCGAAUAAUCAAAAAUGUAUGAAAGAUUUUUUGUAUAUAUCUAUUAUUUGUAUAUAGCAUAUGAAAUUUUGAAGAAUAAUACAUAAAUUUUUAAUGAAGAA